GUCGUUAGUAACACUCGUGUAAACUCCGCAACGCUCGUGUUUGUACACGGAAAUAUAAACAAUAGGUACAUUCGGAACGAUAUGGGAUUUACUCAACUAUAUUUUUGAGAGAUGGAGUCCUAUAUCUACCACAUCGUGGAGUUUAAGGAGCUGCCAUACACCGGCAUCGGGAAGUACGUAUGUAUUCCCGACUCGUGGAUAAGGUGGCGGGAUACCAAGAGCAAAGACCUCAUUAUUGCAUACCCUGACUCAGAUAUAAAAGUAGUGAGAGACAUGGUUAAAAAUAACGAUAAGUACUUGGAAAGUUGGAAAUUAUACAAAGCUUGUAGGAAAUAUGGUACAGAUUCCUACGAAUGCGCCAUGCGUAUUCUUAAGACUAAAACAGACGCGUCACCCGCCAUAGAAGAUGAGCUGAACAACAUUUACGAACAGUUCGCUAAACUACAACUACGUGUAGAACAGUUAGAAGAAAAACAGGAUGCGAACGAAAUCUCCGAAGAUGAUUCGUUCUACGAGACAGCUCAAGCUGAUCAGUCAAACUUUAAUUUACCCCCCGAUUUUGAUGAAAAUGACCCUAAAUGGACUCUAAAACAUCGCGAAUAUAGAGAAGGACUUGUUCCGCUCAAACCUUCUGCAAAAAUAAAAGUUUACGUCGAUGGUAAUGCAUUAGAUCGAUGGAAAAGAACGUCGAGUGAUUGCAAUGAAUUGGCUCGACAUUUACUUGAAGAAGUUUUUACUAGCAGCGCACUAAAGGUGUGCUCAUGGACUGGUCGACGGGGAAAUACUGGAAAUUGCGAUAAUGUAAGGCCCGGGCUGUAUCUUUAUGCAAGAGAACAAUUAGUUACAUGCGUUUUGAGUAUCGGACGUGAUAAGGGAUGGCCAAAUAGUAAUAAUAAACAAAGAGUUGUAAGAAGCUUGCAAAGCAGGCUCCAAGCUAUUCGCAAGCAAAACAACACCCCUCAAAAGUCACCAAAAUAAUCAUGAGGGUAUUUUGAGUUUUUAUCUUAGUAAUAGCUAGAGUUUAGCAAAUUUUAUUCUAAAAACUAUGUAUUUCUAAAAAUACGGUAUGAAAUAGGUAUGUAUGUGUUUCUAAAAUAUACUUUUUUAAUUAUCCAAA